AUGUGGAAGGAUAGACAAGCGUUGGGCGGAGUUUUGGUCACUUGGGAGUUGUUUAAGACAACCUUCCUGCAGAGAUUCUUCCUCAGGGAGAUGAGGGAGGACAAGGUUGAGGAGUUUAUCAACCUUAAACAGGGAUCAAUGACAGUCAAGGAGUAUUCUGUGAAGUUUGUUAAACUAUCCAGGUAUGUUACUUCCCUUAUAUCUAACAUCAGGGAUGAGAUGAGUAGGUCUCUCACAGGAAUCACCGGAGAUCUGGAGAAGAAGUGUGGUUCUUUGAUGCUCCACGAUAACAUGGACCUCUUUAGGUUGAUGGUGCAUGUCCAGCAGGUGGAGGAAAGCUGGAAGAAGAGGCGUAUCCAUGAUACUAGGAGGCCUAAGCCUCAUGAUCAGGAAAUUCCUAGCAAUGGAGGAAAUAGAAACAAUGUUGGCGUCCGUUAG